CCGCCGCCUGAGUGGGCGCGGCGCGGGACGGCGGCGCGGGGUGCCGGGAGCCAUGGGCUAUUGCAGCGGCCGGUGCACGCUGGUGGCCGUGUGCGGCGCGCAGCUGGUUUCUGUGCUCGAGAGGCAGAUAUUUGACUUCCUUGGUUAUCAGUGGGCACCCAUCCUCGCAAAUUUUAUACACAUUAUUAUAGUCAUUCUUGGCUUAUUUGGAACCAUCCAGUAUAGACCUCGUUACAUAACAGGAUAUGCUGUCUGGCUGGUCCUUUGGGUUACAUGGAACGUGUUUGUUAUCUGCUUCUAUUUGGAGGCUGGAGACCUUUCAAAGGAAACAGAUCUCAUUCUGACCUUUAACAUCUCAAUGCACCGUUCCUGGUGGAUGGAGAAUGGGCCAGGCUGCACCGUGACCUCAGUAACCCCAGCACCAGACUGGGCACCGGAGGAUCAUCGUUACAUCACUGUCUCGGGGUGUUUCCUUGAAUACCAGUACAUAGAAGUGGCUCACAGCUCUCUUCAGAUCUUCCUUGCACUGGCAGGGUUCAUCUAUGCCUGUUAUGUUGUGAAGUGUAUUACUGAAGAAGAGGACAGCUUUGAUUUCAUAGGUGGAUUUGACUCUUAUGGCUAUCAAGGUCCACAGAAGACAUCUCAUUUACAGCUUCAGCCCAUGUAUAUUGCCAACAGUGUGCUCUAUGCUGUACAAGCCAAGAAGCCUAGACAGUCCCUUCAAAACGAAUACGCUUUUUGAACAGAACGGGAUGCUCAUGUACCUCCUUGCAGUGUGGCCACAGCUGAUGUACUCAAAAGCAGCUUCCUGGCAUUCUGUGCCGGAGAUGCCAGUGCUCAUUUCCAGACCAUGGGAGAAGGACACAAUAAGAUGGCGGAAAUCAAUUGUCAAGACAAAAUUCUCCUCAUGGGAGGUGACGGAGGAAGGUCAAAGUAAACAUGGGGACUAUUCAAGGUGGGCUAGAGGACCUGUUCAAAAAUCUCUUUCAGGAUGGCCUCCUGGUUCUUCAAAGAGAAAAGAAAUUCAAUUUUUGUGCUAAAAAUAUUGUAUAAAAGCUGAUUGAACAGUGAGACAGAAAACAACAGAGACCUGCAGCCUCUCUUUCUAACAGGUACUAAAGGAGACGCCCCAGAACCCCUCCUUGAACCUCCUGCCUCUCAGCACCAGAGGGACACAGCAGAGGCAUUGGUGCCACCUUUUGUCCCUUUUUUCCCUUGGCCACCGCCAGCACGGCCCAUCUGGAUUAAGACAUGAACCCAGCCCACUCAGUGCUGUGGGAGCCUCCUCCACACUCCAGGCCACGCUGAGUCUCCUCAGUCAACAACACUGAAACACCAGGAUGACCUUGCAGCAGAAGUCAAUAGACAGCGCAUUGUUUGCCCUGAAGGCUGUACAGUUCAUACUUGCCUUAACCCAACUGCGUUGCACAUUAGAGAAACUACGUGCAAGCUUUCUGAAGUUAACAUGCUGCUGUUAAUUCUGAACGAUUUCUAAGUCAGUGGUUUUCUUCUGUUUGGUUUUGCUUUGUUUUCAUGUCAGGGAAUAAGGCUCUGUUGCUCCAUGGCUCCAGAGCAACCAAGUAGAAAACUGCCAGCUGUCUGAUAAGUGCUUUACUUUUGGGGCUCCACAGUGGUCAAGAAAUAGUUUAUAAUGAUUAAAAAGAAAAAUAAAUAAAGAAAUAACUGAGAACCUUUUGGGGGUCAAGAUGGGGAAAGGGGUAACAGAAACUAAUAAUUGAACCUACUGGAAAUAAGCAGCAGAAACAGUGCUUCUUAAUCCCACUGGUUUUAUUUAUCGCACUGUAGGUGCUUUUAUAGCUAUCUCUAAACAUCUUUUACUAACUACAGAGACAUCUGCAGAUUUCUAUGAACAAAGGCCAACUGAAUAUAUGUACUAGCUAUGUUUACUCUUUUAUAUCUGAUUUCAACUAAAAAUUCUCUGUAAGUGAGCUUUUUUUUUUCUAAUUGCACCAUAAGGGAUCCACAUAUUUUAUUUCUUGAUUUUGGUUGGAGAGGGCAGGGAGGGAUUAGUUGAGUUGAAGAAAUACUGAAGAUCUUUUUGUGGUAUAUUUGGGGGAUCUGUCGUGUGUUAGAACGUGUAUUUUAUCUUCCUGUAUUAUUGUGGCUGAAAAAAACCCUCUGUGCUGUUACGUAGUUGGCAACAAGAUGCCUUUGGGAAUUUUGCUAGUAGGUCAAUGUGUAUAUGAAAUACUCUGAACUCCUAGGAACAUAUGUUUUAUUCUACAUCUGAUCUGUAUUUUCAAGAACGUAGAUGGCUUUCACUAGGAAAACCCAAUAUUUUGCUCAGGUUUUUCAGAAACUUGGAUUGUCAUUGUUUCUUUGCUCAGACCUUGCAUAGACAAACGCACGCACCUACCACACAUGAGGUGACCACGUAGCUUUUGAGGGCAAGAGGGAAGGUCAGCGCUUGGAAAUGCUCAAGGCACCCCUGAGCAAGUCCCUUUUCCCUGCUGGCCAAACCCUUGCUCCAGCGGCCUCACACCACUCACCCAUCCCUGUACAAGCCAGUGCCCUUUGCUGUGUCUGCAUGGAUGUACAGUGUCACAAGCAGCAACUCUGGACAAUGACAGAGGAACAGGCAUUCACCAGUGAAAACAAGAUACGGGACAUGUUCAGGAACUAUACCUACAUUGAUUCAGUGAGAUUUAUAUAGAUAUAGAUAGAUAUAUAUAUAUGUAAGUGUGUGGAGGUGUGUGUAUGUCUAUGUAUAUAAAAUACACAGGACUAACUAUUUUGGGGGCUGCAUCACCCAGGAAGAUUCUGAUGCAGUGGACCAAGGGUUCCCAUCUCAGAUACUGCUGGGAAUUUCAUGCAUGAAACAUGAAUGUCCCCUAGGCCUGAUCCUGUAAGGCAUUCAUUGCUGAUUUGGAUCUCAAAUUUAAAUUUUCAUACUUGAGUAUCUGAAAAUAUGAGUUCCUACUGGGUAGAGAUGCUUUUCACCCCCUGGAAACCCCAUGCAACUUCCAAGUGACAGGCUGAAAUUUCCCAUAACUUGCAAAACUAUAAAAGUUUCUACUUUUCUGUAGUCUUAAAUAUAGCAGAUGUACAGUAUAAAACACAAUGAAGAGGUUUAAAUGGGAUGAAAAUGUCAUAACAGGUUAUUUUAUCUUUCCCUGUAUACCAGUUAAUCAAAAUGAUAUUUCUAUAAAAAUCAUUUUUUAACAUGAAAAGAAACCAGUUUAGGCACCUAAGCAGCAAUCCAAUUUUCAGAAGAUAAUUUUUCAUACCUUUCAGUGAUUUCCCAUGGAACAGCGGCUACUGGUAGUUAGCAAUUUUAGAAGUCAGACGAUUUAAUGAAGUGUCUACACGUAGCUUAUAGGCCUGAUUUUAAAUUAGAAAAUUUUCGCCUUAAUUUCUCUGUGUCUUAGUCUUCCCAUCCAUAAUACGGGAAUAAUAUGUGCCUCACAGGCUUUUUGUGAGGUCUGAAUUGUUAAUGUUUGUAAAAUGCUUAGGAAAUAGGAAGCACAUCUAACUACUAUGGAUUGCAAUAUAAAUGUGUAUUCAUAUAUUACAUAUAGAGUAGAUACACACACUCACAUACACACAGUAUAUAUAUAUAUAUAUAUACACACAUACAUACCUAUAUGAAGUUGUUAUUCAUAACCUUGCUUAAGUUGCAGUUAGAGCACCACCAUUAAAAACGUUAGGACUGUUGACUACUCAACUAAAUGAUUAGUGGACAGAUCUCUUCUGGAAGCAGUUUAGAGCACAGUAAUGUGAGAAUAUCUGGAUGGCAUUUUUGAUUUGUACAGCUGUAUCCUCCUCAAAAUCCAGUAAAGAAUGUUAUUUUUCUAGGCUGGGCUUUUGUUAUAAACUAAAAUAUUCAGAAGGCAAGAGAUACAAUCCAAAUGUGUCUUUUUUUCCUUUCUUUUUGGCAUUUGUUAAUUCUGAAUGUAUUUUUAACAAAAGUGAUUUUUUUGACUUACUAGUGUAAUUUGCAUUUUAAAAAAAAUAAAUGGAAAAAUAUAGGUUUCCAAGCUA